GGUGGGGUUCAAACCCGAGUCCCGCGAGAGUGACGUGGAGGCCGAACUGAAGCUGGAGCGAGACCAGGAACUGGAGCAGCACAGUGACCCCGACACGGGUGCUGCUGCCGGGCCAGAGGGGGCUGGGAGGCAGGCCGGUACUGGGAGUGAUGGGCACGGUGGUGCGGGGGCUGAUAGCGGAGCAGGUGUGUUCUCUGAUGCCGAUCGGCUUGGGGGUCCCGCUCGGGGGGGGGGCCCUGGUGUCCCGGGGUCUCCAGCGCUCCCACGCCCGCUGGUCGGAUGAAGACACGCUGGCCCUGCUGUCCGUGGUGGCGCGGAUGGGCGUGGCCCGCCAGCUGGACAGGAAGUGUCGGAGCAGCGCGGGACUCUGGGAGCGGGUGCGGGUGGCGCUGGCGGAGCGCGCGGUCCCGAGAGAGGCGGGGAUCAUCCGCUCCCGCUGGAACGCACUCAAGCAGAUGUACUGGAAGGAGAAGGCCAGGAGGGGGCAGUGUGGAGUGACAGGCAGCAACAAGAACAGCAGCCGCGUCAGGUUCUUCAAGACGAUGGAUGUCCUGCUGACCAGGAACCCUCGGGAGCCGCGGGACGAGGACAGCUCCUCCGGCUCAGGCUCUCCCUCGCUCCCCGGCCUCGUGCCCCCCUCUUCUCCACACCCCCCGCCCCGCCCCAUCCCGGACCCUGGCUCCUCCCCUUCCUCUCUGGACUCCUCUCCAUUCACGAGGGACUGGGGGACAGACGCACAGAGAGACACUGAGGGGGACAGGGAGAGGGAGAGCUCGGGCUGGGGACAGUCUGCUCUCCAGCCCCCCCUGCUGGACACAAGGGAUCCCACAGCCUCACUGCCCUACAGUGGAAAAACAGAGACGGAUUCACAUAGCCAGGGGCCUGCUCCCCUGCCCGAGGGCUGUACCGCUGGCUUCCAGGAGAGGGCGCUGUCGCUGCUGUCAGACUUCCUGCAGGAGCAGCGCAGCUUCCACACACAGCUGCUGCAGGAGCAGAGAGAGCUGAGAGCCGCACUGGAGCGGACGCUACACACACAGGAGCAGGGCUUCACCCUGCUGAGGCAGCUGCUGGAGAGGCAGGGGGGAGGGGCCACACCGAGGGCCACACCCCCCGCCCACAGAGGAGGAGGAGGAGGAGGAGUCACACAAACUGGAGCACAGACACUGCAGACCACAACCCGAGGCCACACCCACCCCCAGAACUCAGCCUGAAACCACACCCACCCCCAGAACUCAGCCUGAAACCACCCCCACCCCCAGAACUCAGCCUGAAACCACACCCACCCCCAGAACUCAGCCUGAAACCACACCCACCCCCAGAACUCUGCGGUAAUGGAAGUCCACGCCCCCUGGACACCCCCCGCCCACAGAGGAGGAGGAGGAGGAGUCACACAAACUGGAGCACAGACACUGCAGACCACAACCCGAGGCCACACCCACCCCCAGAACUCAGCCUGAAACCACACCCACCCCCAGAACUCAGCCUGAAACCACCCCCACCCCCAGAACUCAGCCUGAAACCACACCCACCCCCAGAACUCUGCGGUAAUGGAAGUCCACGCCCCCUGGGGCUGAACUCCGCCUCCCCAGCAGGGAGGAAGCUGUCGCAGUGAGCCGUGGGCUUCAGCCCUCGUCUUGCUGUGGUGUUAGGGGGCUGCUUCAGCCCUCGUCUUGCUGUGGUGUUAGGGGGCUGCGGCUGAGGGUCCCACGGGGUUUGAUAGCGCACGCCGACUGGAAUUAAAUCAAAGCUGACGGCGGGAGCCGUAGCCGUCCCUAUUUGUAGUGGCUGCGUUACAGAUUCAAUACAAACUCAUCAAACACUCAGAAAUACUGAAUGAAGAAGAGAAGCCACUGAUAAAGCGAGAGCUCACUGGAUUUGAAUAGUCAGCUAUUAUUAAAGUAGUUAGCAAUCAGUGAAUCCAUUACUUCUCCUCUUCACUAUAUAUAUAUACAUACAGGGCUGGAAAUCAGACUCCUGUUGCACAGCAGUGUCACCCAGUCCAGGUUUUACUACCAGCUUGAUCAGCCCCAGUGUGUCUAGGUAACAAGCUCAGGUGUGUCUUAUUAUUAAACUCCUAGUGAAACCAGGAAUGGAUCAAACGGCUAUGCAAUGAUGCAAGAAGCUAAUGGGAGUCUUAUUUCCAU